UUGCCGGUAGUCCGUGCUGUGGUACUCGCGGGGUUUCACGUCCUUAGCGUACUGUGCGUUCUCUGUGUUAAGUGUGUGUGUGUUUGUUAUAGAGUGUUUUAUUGUGCUUUAUCCUGUAAGGUUUUCGAGAUCUGUGACCGAAGGUUUGACAAAACUAAAGUGCGCGUUCGUGCUCAGUUUGCCGUGUCCAGUGGCUCGCAGAGACCUUAUAAUGGGGUCCUGCGGAAGACUUCUGCUGGCCCUUAUCUUCACGUUCGCCACCAAGGUGUUGUGUGAAGAUGAUACAACUAUGGGACCAAUGUUUAUCAAAGAACCAGAAAACCGAGUGGACUUUUCAAAUACGACUGGAGCUACCGUUGAAUGUACUGCUAGAGGAAGUCCUAGGCCUGAAAUUAUUUGGAUUCGAGCUGACGGUACUGCUGUUGGAGACGUGCCUGGAUUACGACAAGUGAAAGGAGAUGGAAAUUUAGUAUUCCCACCUUUUCGAGCAGAAGAUUAUAAACAAGAAGUACACGCUCAAGUUUAUAUCUGUAUGGCGAAAAAUCGUGUUGGAGUAAUACAUUCUAGGGAUGUAAAUGUUCGAGCUGUAAUUGAAGAAUUAUACAGGAGUGAAGUAAAUAAUGAAUACGUUAUACGGGGAAAUUCAGUUGUAUUAAAGUGUAGCAUUCCACCGUUUAUUGCGGAUUUUGUGACCGUGGUGUCCUGGCAAGAUAAUAUUGGAAACAUGUACUAUGUAUCCUUAAAUGAUGGAAAUACUGUAAACCCAACAAACAGUUAUGAUGGAAAAUAUUUGGUAUUACCUUCUGGAGAAUUACAUAUUCGUGAUGUAACACCUGAGGAUGGAACUAAGUCUUAUCAAUGUCGAACUAAACAUAGACUAACUGGAGAAACAAGGCUUAGUGCAACCAAAGGAAGAUUAGUUAUCACAGAUCCCCAAACAAGUAUUUCGCCCAAAAUUAAAAAAGAAGAGCUUGUGAUUCUCAUUGGAAAACCAUUUAUGGUUGAAUCAUAUAUAUCAAUGGUUUGUUCUGCUCAGGGAUAUCCUAGUCCUUAUUUUCGGUGGUACAAGUUUCUUGAAGGUUCUAAUAAAAAGCAAGCAGUGAUAUUAGAUGACAGAAUUAAACAAGUUUCUGGAACAUUGAUAAUUCGUGAAGCUAAAGUUGAAGACUCUGGUAAAUAUUUAUGUGUCGUCAAUAAUUCUGUUGGUGGCGAAAGUGUGGAAACUGUACUGACCGUUACUGCUCCAUUAAAUGCAAUUGUUGAACCCACCAUACAAACUGUGGAUUUUGGAAGACCUGCGACUUUGACUUGCAACUAUGAAGGGAAUCCUGUAAAAACAAUAUCUUGGUUAAAAGAUGGUAAACGGUUGAACUCUCACGAUGGAAGAGUAUUAAGAAUUGAUUCUGUUCGCAAAGAAGACAAAGGCAUGUAUCAGUGUUUUGUGAGGAAUGAGCAGGAAAGCUCUCAAGGUAGUGCUGAACUCAAAUUAGGAGGACGAUUUGAACCACCACAUAUUAAAGAAUAUUUCAAUGAUAAUACAAUGCAACCAGGAGUAUCUUUGCACUUGAAAUGUAUUGCAUCUGGAAAUCCAACACCUGAGAUUAAUUGGGAAUUAGAUUCCAAACGCCUAAGCAGCACAGAAAGACUUCGUAUUGGACAACAUAUUACAAUGGCGGGUGAAGUAGUUUCCUAUCUCAAUAUAUCAUCAGUUCACACUAACGAUGGUGGUCACUACAAAUGUGUAGCUGUAUCUAAAGUUGGUACAGCAGAACACACUGCACAUCUCAAUGUAUACGGACUUCCUUUUAUUAGACCAAUGGAUAAGAAAAAUAUUGUAUCAGGAGAAAACCUUUUUGUUACUUGUCCAGUAGCUGGAUAUCCAUUAGAAUCAAUUUCAUGGGAAAGAGAUAAUCGACAACUUCCUAUCAAUCGCAAACAAAAAGUAUUUCCAAAUGGUACAUUAAUAAUUGAAAAUGUGGAAAGAUCUUCAGAUCAGGCCACGUACACAUGUGUUGCUCGCAAUGCUCAAGGACAUACUGCUAAAGGAAAUCUAGAAGUGCAAGUUAUGGUACCUCCUCGUAUCGUUCCAUUCAACUUUGAUGAACCAAUAUAUUCCGGCCAAUCAGCUCAAAUCACAUGCUUAGUGUCUGAGGGUGAUACUCCUUUGAAUAUAUCUUGGUGGUUUCGCAAAUCUGAUAACUCUGAAUUAAUACCAUUACCUAAUGGUAUAACAGUGAAUAAAAUGGGUACUAAAUUAUCCAUGCUAUUCAUUGAGUCCACUUCUUCAUAUUUCGCUGGGAGUUACGCAUGUAUUGUUGAAAACAGAGCAGGGACUUCCAAGUACACAUCAACACUGAAUGUCCAUGUUCCUCCGAGAUGGAUACUCGAACCUACCGAUAAAGCAUUUGCACAAGGAGGUGAUGCAAAAAUUGAAUGUAAAGCAGAUGGAUUUCCUAAGCCUCAAGUAACAUGGAAGAAAGCCAUUGGUAAUUCUCCUGGAGAUUAUAAAGACAUUAAGGAUCUGAAACCAGGCAGUGAUGAUAUUAAAGUUGAUGAAGGAACAUUGUCUAUCCAUAAUAUUCAAAAAAACCAUGAAGGUCACUAUUUAUGUGAAGCUGUGAAUGGAAUUGGUUCUGGACUUUCUGCUGUGAUCACUAUUAGUGUUCAAGCGCCACCUCAUUUUGAGAUUAAAGCAAGAAAUCAAACAUCUGAAAAAGGACAGCCCGCUGUUUUAGAAUGCAUGGCAAAAGGAGAGAAACCUAUUGGAAUUGUGUGGAAUAUGAAUAACAAACGACUAGAUUCUAAGGAAGAAGAAAGAUACACUAUACGUGAAGAAAUAUUAACAGAUGGAGUAAAGUCUGACUUGAGCAUCAAAAGAUCUGAGCGAAUUGAUACCGCUGCUUUUACGUGUGUUGCUACUAAUUCAUUUGGAAGUGAUGAUUCGAGUAUUCAACUUAUUGUUCAAGAGGUACCUGAGAUUCCAUUUGGUUUGAAAGUAUUAGAUAAGUCUGGCCGAACUGUUCAAUUAUCUUGGUUAGCUCCGUAUGAUGGAAAUUCGCCCAUAACUCGUUACAUAGUCGAAUACAAAUUAUUAAAAGGUACUUGGGAAAGUGAUGUUCAAAAAGGAGAAGCCACAGGAGAUAAAACUGAGAUGAGUGUAGUAAAUCUUCAUCCAGCUACUACUUACCAUUUUAGAAUUGUAGCAGAAAAUGGAGUAGGCGUUUCUAAGCCUUCUGAUCCAGUUACCAUAAUUACUUCAGAAGAAGCACCUAGUGGAAAACCAACUAGUGUCCGCGUUGAUCCUAUCGAUGAAAAUACUUUAAAAGUAAUGUGGAAAGCUCCAGAACGUAGUGAUUGGAAUGGUGAAAUUCAAGGAUAUUAUGUUGGAUACAAACAAUCAUCAUUAGUCGAUAGUAAAUUUGUGUUCGAAACUGUUGAAUUUAGUAAAGAAGAAGGAAAAGAACACUAUUUUGAAAUAUUGAAUCUUAAAACAUACACUCAAUACACAAUAGUUGUGCAAGCAUUCAACAAAUUGGGUGCUGGACCAAUGUCUGAUGAGAUUAAACAGUAUACUUCUGAAGGUGUACCAGAACAACCACCACAUGAUACGACUUGUACUACCUUGACAUCUCAAACGAUUCGAAUUUCUUGGGUAUCACCACCACUAUAUACUGCAAAUGGAGUUAUUAAAGGGUAUAAAGUAAUUUAUGGACCUAGUGAUUCUUGGUUUAAUGAAAGUACAAAAGAUACCAAAAUAACAGUGUCAAGUGAAACAAUUUUACAUGGCCUUAAAAAGUUCACAAAUUAUAGUAUGGAAGUAUUAGCGUUUACUGCCGGUGGAGAUGGUGUUCGUGCUCCUAGAAUAUAUUGUCAAACUGAACAAGAUGUCCCGGAAUCACCUGCUGCUCUGAAAGCUUUAGUUAUGUCUACUGAAUCAGUUUUAGUUAGCUGGAAACCUCCUGCAGAACCCAAUGGAGAAAUCAAUCAAUACACAGUUUACAUUAAACCAAGUGGUGAUAGUAAAGAUAAAGAACCAACUGCACAUAAAGUUGCUGCAAAUCAAAUGAGUUUUGAAGCAUCUGGACUUAUUAAACAAGAUCCAUAUGAAUUCUGGGUUACCGCAUCUACCAACAUCGGUGAAGGACAACCCACUAAAUCAAUUGUUAUUGCACCCAGUACUCGAGUUCCUGCUAUGAUUGCAUCUUUCGAUGAUUCAUUUGUUGCAACAUACCGUGAAGAUGUAAAACUUCCAUGUUUGACUGUUGGCGUACCAGCUCCUGAAAUUUCGUGGAAAGUCAAAGGUGCUCCUCUCGAAAGCAAUGACCGUAUUCGUCAGUUACCUGAAGGUUCUUUAUUAAUUAGAUCAGUCACAAGAACUGAUGCUGGAGAAUAUUCUUGUUUUGUAGAAAAUUCUUUUGGCAAAGAUAAAAUUACACAUCAUAUUAUUGUUUUAGCCCCACCACAUAAACCACAAAUUACUGUUGGAGCAACAACAUCUAAUACAAUAACAUUAAAUCUAAAACCACAUGCUGCUGAUAAAGAACCAAUCCACGGAUAUACAAUUAAAUAUAAACCUGAGUUUGGUGAUUGGCAAACAGUUCAAGUGGCUGCUAAGGCUGAUAAAUUUACUCUAGAAAACUUGUGGUGUGGUUCUCGUUAUCAAAUAGCCGUGACUGCAUAUAACUUAAUUGGUACUGGCGAUGAAUCAGAUUUAUUAAACACAAAAACUACAGGUUCAAAACCAAAAAUUCCUGAAGCAAGCAAAUUUAUUGAAGUGUCGGCAACAAGUGUAACGUUGCAUUUAAAUGCUUGGUUAGAUGGUGGCUGUCCUAUGUUAUACUUCGUAGUAGAACAUAAAAAAAAACUGCAGUCAGAAUGGACUCAAGUUUCAAAUAAUGUAAGGCCCGGUGGAAAUUUUGUAGUACUUGAUUUGGAUCCUGCCUCAUGGUAUCAUUUGAGAGUAACUGCUCAUAAUAAUGCUGGAUUUUCAGUGGCUGAAUAUGAAUUUGCUACAUUGACGUUGAGUGGUGGUACUGUUGCCCCCCCUGUUCAAGAUGUCACAUCUAUUUAUACGUACUUGCCAUGGAUACCAAAAUGGAUUGACUUAAAUGUAGUGGUGCCGACAGCUGCAACAAUUAUAGUCAUUUUUGUUGGUAUAAUUGUGGUUUGUUUUGCUUGGUCUCGUAGAGUUCAUGAAAAUGGACAAACUAGAUUGCGAGAUGAUAUGACCGUCUAUAAUCAAUCAAUGAUUAUGGGAGGCAAUACACUUGACAAGAGACAUGCAGAUUUCAACGACGAACUUGGUUACAUAGCACCUCCCAAUCGCAAGCUCCCACCUGUCCCCGGAUCAAAUUACAAUACUUGUGAUAGAAUUAAACGAGGUUUUCCUGGUCCCUACCACGGUCAUGGUACAUGGAACCCUAGAGCACGUCAUAUGUAUGAAGAACUUAAUGGUAGUAAUCCUAGGUGCAGGGGGCAUUUGCCCCCAUGCCCAGGAUCCGACGAGACAAUGUACACCAGGUGUAGAGGAAUUGAUGGUGAAGACAUAUGCCCAUAUGCUACAUUCCAUUUACUCGGUUUUCGUGAAGAGAUGGAUCCUACUAAAAUGCCAUUCCAAACAUUCCCUCAUCCCAAUGGACAUUGUGGUACAAUUGGACCUGGAGGAACUAUUCCUGGUAACGGUAUUAUGCAUCAAUGUCCAGGAACCCAAACAAUGCCUCGAAAUGGACGUUAUUCACGUGUAGGUGGAGCAAAUUCUAUGUUUUCACCUGAGUAUGAUGAUCCCGCUAAUAUGGGCGAUGAAUAUGGUAGUCAAUAUGGACAAUAUGGAGCUCCUUAUGAGCAGUAUGAGAGUCGUGCUUCAAUGGCUGGACGCAGUAUUGGGAGCCCAGAACCACCUCCACCCCCACCACGUAAUCACGAUCCAAAUGUUAGUAAUACAAGUAAUGAAGCUAAUGACUCUAAAGAAAGCAAUCAAAUUUCUGAAGCAGAAUGUGAUCAACAUCAACAACCAGCUGCUAAUCAGAAUCCUGGUGCGCAUUUGAAGGGCAAUACCAAGGAUGGUUUGACCACUGAAGAACUUCGAAAACUCAUAGAAAGGAAGCCAAACGAAGCCGCAGCAGGACAACAACGCCUCCAAAGCGGAGGGCUCACAACCUACGAUACUGUGGCAGUGUAACCUCUAGUCAGACUACAACUAAUAUAUCAACAUUUAAAAUUAACUACGAAACCAAAAUCUUUCUCCCUAAAUAGGUACUUGUAUUGCACUUUUAACUAUAAUGAAUUUUUAACAGAAUUAUUUAUGCACAGAAUAUAAUAAAUAUUAAUAUGAUAUUAGAAUCAAAUAAUAAAGUCCCAAUUAUGAAUGUUUUUUACUAUAAGAAUCCAAGUGUUGUGUUUUUUUUUUCGCUUUAGUGGUUGAGAUAAUUGAUAUUAUGUCCUAUUUUAAAAUUUAAUUAUGUGUAAAGAUCUGUGAAUAUUAGGUUUAUUUUUUUUAUUUUAGUAGCUCUUUCGG